UAUAAUUAAGAUUUACAUUUAAUUAGGAUUAUUUAAUAAGCUUUGGUAAAAUGUGUAUAUCAAAAUUUAAAACUCUAUUAUAUUUCGCCGGCGGGUUUACUCUGGGCCAACUAUACUAUUUCUACUUCCUGAAAGAAAUACAACUUCCUUGUAACAUUGGGAUCAUCUUAGCCUUUAUUAUUAGUAUCAUUUUGGGUGUCGGUAAUGCAGCGUCGAUACAAAUGCGCUGCAUCUCGCUUCUGAUGCUGCCCAUGUACUGCGGAAAGGCGGGCCGUGGCGUGCUCAAAGCUGUUGUACUCACAUACGUUAUAGCAGGGCCUAUAACGAACAUGGGGUAUAACGCCAAGGAGGUAGUCCGCGUGUUCGCUUGCAGCGCCCAGCUUUCUUACAAUCUGUCGGUGUUACGAUACAAGCUAAUGGCGGGACCGAUUAAGAAAGCUAUACUCGCCUCCAGGUCGCAGAUCAAUGUGUUCAAGGAUACGUUUAGAUCAAUUGAUGAAAUAGUAACACCGAUAGAAAACGAAAUAGAAGGAACAGAAGAAUUGGUACAGAUUAUGCGACGAAAUGUUGACGAUGUUGUUGAUAAAAAGUAUCUCACAAGAGAAAUUGAGGAAAACUAUAGAGAUGCAAGUGAAAGUUUUCUACAAGAUAGAUAUCUCAACAAACUAUCUUGCCGCUGCAAGGAGCUGAUAUCACGAGGUAUUAAUAAAUGCGGGAAGAUGUUCGUCACAGCAUUCGAGGACUGCUACUCCGCCGCACGCGCACACUUCGAUCACAGCGUCUGUUGGCCUCUGAACACGCAGUCAGCUUGUGAUCUGAAAAGAUUUCUUAAUGGAACUGAGCUAUGUGAUGCCAUUGAUCAGAUUGAUCCUGGUCUAGGCGAGGGCUAUCUAUAUCUGAAGAAAGUUCAGAAAAAAUUGACAGAUAACCUAAAAGACGUAAGAUUGCAGUACAAAGUCACAUAUGAGAGAGAACUCUAUGAUGUUCAGGAUGCGAAAGAGACAGGUAAACGUGUGAUGCACGAGUUCGAGCAGCGCGGCGGCAGUAUGCAGCGCGUGCUGAGCGCGGUCAACGUGUGCCUGGCGCUCAUACUGCUGCGCAUAGUGCUCGCCGCGCAGGCGCACCACGAUAGAUACCUCACUAACAUCACAUACGACAAUAUCUACAUCACGUCCUACUUCAAAAGAAUCGAUAAGAGGCGGAAAUUGAAGAAUAAAAGUUCGUUACUUCCGUUGAAGAAGAUGGAACGCAACAAGUACGUAGACGUGCACUCACUAGAGUACAAGUCGUCGCAGCGCAGUCAGCUGGUGACUCCUAUCCACAAAGUGCUACUGGAGGUGGUGACGGCCACCACCUUUGUUAUGCUCGAUAGACUCUUCUACGAGGCACUGGACGUGGUGCGUCAGCACGCGGAUGUCGGCGUCGCGCAACAAGGCACCAGGGAUUUAGAAAUUGAAGUGGAAGGCCAAGGUACAGUGGCGACUAUGAUGCGUAAUAUAUUGAGUCGUCUGAACGAGACACGCCACGUGCACGUGUCCAACGAGCUGUGUCUCCCGCGCCCGCGCGCUAUGCCCACUGUCUACUUCAUCAAGAUAUACUGCGGCUAUCUCUGGAUACUACUAUUGCUAUAUUUGAACCCUUACACGCUGCGGUUAAACAGAUUGAUAUGCAGUUAUUUUUACCCGAAGCGUGAGAAGCAACGUAUUCUACACUUGUACAACGACAUUCUCAAGAAACGUAUGAAGAUGCAGAAGACGCUGCGGAGGAAGGCGCUGCAGGCGGUGCGCGCACAGUACCUCUCCGGGGAGAACCUACGCAGUUUGAGAAUGAGGUUCCCUCAACUACUCGGCUGGCUGUCAGUAUUCCCAGCAGCGAGGAUGACUUGCCUAAUUUGUGGAGAAACUGAACCUAGGUGUAUAUCGUCCUCGUGUACAUGGCAUCGUUGCAUGUCGGCGUCGUGCGGGUUCGCGUGGUGCGACGAGUGCUGGCGCGCGGGCGGCGGCCGCUGCCUCGCCUGCGACCCGCUCACCCGGCUCAGCGACCUCGACUCGCGUAGUGAAGAUCAGCUCGAAUAUUAACAGUACAUUAUCGCUAAUUAGCUUACAUAAGAGUUAUAAUUUAAUAAAUACUUAAAACUA